AUGAAUUCGCCAACUCAUACUAUUGAUCCGGACGGCGAAGUGAUCAUAAUAUUGCGCGAUGCGAACAGUCCAUUUGCACCUGGAAGUUCAACUCUUUGCAGCAACUCUGUUAUUAUUCCAUCCACUUUGAGUAAUAUCCAAAGCCCUCAUGUGGGGCCCGAAGUUUCCAAGAUUUCUUUGAAUCCACCAGAGCUUGAUAUCACAAAACAGAGCAAGAAAGAUAAGAAAAAGAAGAAGGGAAAGAAAAUAAAAGCUGUUACGACAAUGACCUCUCUAACUAUCAGUUCUACAAUUGAAGAGCCUUUUUCUAAGGAGACUGCUGCCGAAGGAUAUCCCGCCGAGGAGCCCACCGCUGAAGAGACUAUCGCCGAAGAAGAUCCCGCCGAGGAGCCCGCCGCUGAAGAGAUUGUCGCCGAAGAAAAUCCCGUCGAGGAGCCCGCCGCUGAAGAGACUGUCGCCGCUGAAGAUUCCGCCGAAUUACCAGUACACAGCUGUGUACGUGUUCGGGUAUCCGCGAAGCAUUUGAUGCUUGCCUCCCCGGUUUUAAAAAAGCAAUUGACCGGAAGCUGGAAGGAAAGCAUUACUUACCAUCAAGAAGGUUCAGUUGAGGUCAUUGCAGAGAAGUGGGAUCUUGAAGCCUUCAUGAUACUACUUCGAGCUAUUCAUGGUCAGAAUUAUCGUAUACCCCUGAAGCUGACACUGGAAAUGCUCGCCAAAGUUGCUGUCAUAGCAGACUACUAUGACUGCAGAGAGACUUUCUUUUUUCUGAUAAAUACGUGGAUCAAGAAUCUGGACCAGCAGAUGCCUACGGUGAAUUCUAGAGAUUUGACUUUAUGGCUAUGGAUUGCCUGGUUCUUCCGACUCCCAGCCGAAUUCAAGUUAUCGACUUCCAUUGCCAUGUCACAGAGCAAUGGCCGAAUUAUGGAUUUGGGUCUUCCGAUCCCAGGCAGUGUCAUGGGUAAGAGUAGAUAUAUUCUUGAGAAUUCUUUGAAAACUCAUGGUAGUACAGAUUUCAUGAACGAAAGUAGAGAGAAAGCUAUCGAGAAGUUGAUUGCCUCCCUCCAUGAAAUAUGCAAUGCUUUUUUGAACGGUAUUCGGGGCUGUAAUUUCGAAUGUCGCUCAAUCAUGUAUGGGGCUCUUGAUUUGCAGAUGCGGUCAAGCAAUCUGCGUUCGGCGACGCCCGAGGGCUCGAAUUACAAUUCUAUCGUAAAGACGAUAGUGGGAUUCAAAUCGCCAAUAUGGUGUGCUUCAUCCUCCGUUUAUUCUGGCUAUCGCAACUUUGGAUCCAACUCUACGCACCACUGCUCUCACUCCUCUUUCGCAUCCGCAUUCGGAAAAUUGGAGGAUUCUCUCGAGGGGCUGGAACUGGACUGGUUCACAACCUCACAAUGA